AAAUUUAUAUUUUCAAAUUUAAACAAGAUCUAGAAUAAGCACAAAUUUUGAGAAGAUUGAGAGAGAGGAAAUCAUGGCAGCGGCAAACUACUACUCGAAGGACUUUGAAUGGGAUCAACUUCGGCAAGAGAUUGAGAAUAAUCCUUCUCUUGCUCACCAUUUGCUUCCUUUUCCUAAUUCUUCGAUCAAUCAAAAUCAACAUACCCUUUUGUCUUCUCCACUUUCUUUAUGUUCUCCGCAGGAAGAUUCUGAAGCAUGGAACAACUUCCACACUCGCCAUUCCACUGGAAAAUUCUUCAAGGAGCGUCGGUACUUGCUUAAAGAGUUCCCAGAGCUAGCCUCUUGUGGGGAAUGCUGGACAGUUUUGGAGAUUGGAUGUGGAAAUGGUAGUACAGCUCUGGCAAUACUUCGUGGAAACAAGAGCAUCUCUCUGUAUGCCUGUGACUGCAGCAAAGAGGCUCUUGAGAGGGCUAAAGAGAAUAUUGAAGCUGCUGAUAUAAACUUGGCUAAAGAACGUUUUUACCCAUUCCAAUGUGAUUUUUCUGCAAGUGGAUUUCCAAAUUGGUUACUCAGCACUUCUUGCCGUGAAAGUUCCUUCCAGAAGCAGAAUAUGUGCUCCUCAGGUGCAGGAAGCUGCAGCAAGCAAGCUUUCCCCGAUCCACCGAUAUCUGCCAAGUACAAUAGCUGCCUUGCCGGAGUAGAUUUUGUCACCUUAAUAUUUACGCUAUCAGCUGUGCCACUUCACAGGAUGUCGAGAGCAAUCACUGAAUGUUUCUCUGUUCUAAAGCCCGGAGGACUGUUGUUAUUCAGGGAUUAUGGUCUUUAUGAUAUGACCAUGCUUCGGUUCGAGCCAGAGCAAAGAGUAGGAUACAGGGAGUACAUACGUUCUGAUGGAACAAGGUCUUACUUUUUUUGCUUGGAUAGUGUAAGAGAUCUCUUUUGCAGCUCAGGAUUCAUCGAGCUUGAGCUUGAAUAUUGCUGUGUCCAGUCAGUGAAUCGACGGAAUGGGAAGAUCAUGCGAAGAGUAUGGAUUCAUGGGAAGUUCCAGAAGCCACAUGUCCAAGUAGGUCCAUAGCCCUGUGGUUUUGAUGGGAGAAAAUGAGCUUGCAAGCAGCUGAAUUAAUGUUCCUUGAGCUUAAGAAACUGAAAAAAGAAGAAGAUGAACUUCUGUUAUUUUAUACCCUUAAUCGUCCUCCAACAGAGCUAAAUCAAUGAUGCUUAGAAGCGGCACUUUGUCUCGUGAAACAUAUAAAGUAGUGCUGCUGGAAGUGAAAGAUGUGUGUUGUCAAUUAAACGGUUUUUUUUUCUUGUCGUUAUCAGACAUUCAAAAUUGGAAUAGAAUAUAUUGUCAUGCUACAUUUAUCGUCUGAAUGAAUUGCUGAGCAGUUUUUUUCCUGCAAUCAUGCAUGCCAUCAUACAAAUGGAGGAGGAAAUUUUGAGGAUUCAUAUAGCUGACCCAACUAGUUUAAGGCUUGGUAAUUGUUGUAUGUCAUAUCAUUAUUCACUUUGCAACAAUUAUUUCAGAACUAAAAAUCACUUGCUAAGUUCUGGCUGUGCAGAACCAAACAGGCUGACAGCAAAGCUCUUGUGAGCUACUCAUUGUUUCUGAAGAAUUUUGUUCUUCAUGUCUUCUAUGAAUUGAGUGAGAUUCUUACCUGAAUAUCCCUCAUCAGAAAGUGCUUUCUGAAGGAUCAUCUUGCAAGUUCGUUGGUGUAAUCUGAUGCUGGUAGCAGGUUUGUUGAAAUUAUUCUCUUGGUGAAGCUUGUGGAGAGUGGGCCAAUUGCAUAGUAGGGUUGCUUCUCUUGCAAGGCCGAGAUAGGUGAAGACUCUAGCUCUUGCACUGUAUUACCGAUGACAAAGUCUGCUUUCUGUGCAUCUUCAAGACACUUGAACACAAAACGGUGCAUCACGGUGCUUGGAUCAGCAUCUUGAAUAUAUGAAGGUAAAUCUGCUGGUUCAAUGGCUUGUACUCCAGGCUGUGAUCAGACAGUAAUAGCUUCAAGAUAUUUGGUUCAUACCAUGACACCCAAAGUGGCCAUUACUCUUGAGCAGGUCCAUGUGAUAGUAGACUGUAAGCACUGUUGCUGGUUCAGUCCAAAAUGAAACAUUGACAAGAUUAUAUUUCUUGGCGAUCGUUGAUCCCCAAACGUGGAAACUAUCAGCUAUUAUACAAGAAAUUGGCGGGUUUGGUUUUGAGAGGACUAGAUUUUCAAUGAAGUCAUCCACAUGAGCUUGGAAAACAUGAACGAAACCUUCCACAAAUUGGCUUGCAUUGGCACUCCAAUCGAAACUCAGUGGAAAUCCAUCACUAUUUUGGCAUAUCGAAUGUCAAGACCACAUUUCUGUCCGUGGGAAAAAAGGUUGUCGUCAUCUUUAAGUGACUGAGCUUUAGCUAUCUGCUGAUGAGUUGAUUCUGUGUUGACAAAGGUGAUGGUAAAACCUUUUGAGGCGAGCUUCAUGGCAAGAUGUGUGAAUGGAGUUAUAUGGCCUUGAAGAGGAAGUGGUAUGAGUACUUCAUGUGGCUGUAGGUGUUCUUUCAGUUCCAUUUAGUCCCAAAAAUGUAGGAGAUGGUUGCCUUUUUUGAGAAAAGUUAAGUGUAUGAUUGUUAAUAUUGUGUGUUUAUGUAAGAGCUUGUAGCUGCAUUUAUUUGAAUUUGGAGCCUUUUAUAUGUCAUUCCUUAGGUAUUUAAAGAUA